GUUAAUAGGACAUUUGUCUUUAAGUAGCAACUGGUUCAGAGACUUUCAAGAAGGACAAGCAGACAAAGACAGAGAGACACGAUGGCUCAGUUCAGGUGGAUUAUAACCUCUUUUUUUCUGAUACUAAUGCUUCAGCUUACAGCAGCAGCCGCCUCCUUUACUGUCAGAGCUGGAGAUGACGUCACUUUGCCUUGUGAACACGUGAUCGACGGUCAGAGAACGUGCGACAGUACUACCUGGGUUUUCAGUCAGUUAGAAAACACACCAAUAGUAGUGCUGAUUGGUCACGGGCGGAUUGCUGAAAACGCUAAAUCAGACCGACUGAGUGUUACAGAGAACUGUUCUCUGGUUAUGAAGAAGGUCACAGAGGAGGAUGCUGGUCGUUACACCUGCAGACACAUCAGGAAAUCAGGACAACAACAAGGAGAAGACGCUCUGGUUGAACUCUCCAUUGUCACCAUGACAGAACAUAACAACGCUGACAACGUGACGUUGCACUGCUUUGUGUCGACAUACGAACGGUGUCAACACACGGUGAAAUGGCUGUUUCAGUCUAAAGAUGUGGAUAAAGAUAACCAAGAUUUGAGGACAUCCCAGUCUCCCUGCUACACCUCUGUGACCUUUCCUACUUCUCAUUUUAGUUACACAUCAAGGUAUCAGCUCUUUAGGUGUGAAGUGACUGAAGGAGACAAAGUGCAGGAGUUUCCCUUCAGCCCUCAGUCCUCAGGUGAGGACACAACAACAACAAAACCAACAACCACCGCCAUAAUAACAACAACAGAAUCAACAGCAAAACCUACAACUGAAAGCAGAAAAGCAAGUACCAAUGAUGCCUCACCAAAUGUACAAGCUGGGACAGGUUGGCCUGCCCUGGACUACAUCAUGUUGGCCCUGCGUGUGGCUGAAGUCCUGCUAAUGACUGUGAUUACUGUUCUCCUCCUCAGAGCUCGAGGGAGAAUACAUGAUGACAACACUGAGUUGAAAAGAACUGGGGUGAACUGAUAUCUCAAAUAAAACAUGUAUAUAAAUGAUCAGGGAGGAAAUUGAGAGGGGUAAACAUGCCUCAAAGGAAUUAAUGGAUACCCCUUAAGACUGUCCCUAAAACAUGUGUUAAGGAGCAAAUAUUGCCCCCAUAGUUUCAACAUAUAAACAGUAUACAGUAUAUACAGUAUAUUUUAAGACAAUAUCAAUCAAUAUUAUAUAUCAAUAUUCAAUCUCUCUCAAUCUCUAUUUUCCACUCACACAAACAGCGAUGUGCACUAAUAAAAACAAUAUUAUGCUUUUUAUGUUCUCAUGUUGGCACAAGAUGUGGAUUACUGUGUGCAUUUUAAACAGGGCUCUUUCUCAUUCAAAAACAGCAAUCUAAUGCACGUUGUCAAAAAUGUUGAGAUCCCAACACUCCAUCCUUCCUAACUCAGGGGACAGAUGUGCAAACAAUGGACUAUUGAGUCUUGUAACGACAAGGUACUUUCCAACUUAAUAACAUAAAUAAGUAUUUUAAAAAAAAUAAAAAAGUAUAAUCCUUGAAAUCACCAAUAGAAAUUAUUAAGUACUUUUCAACUUAUUAUGUAGAGAGAGUACAAUAUGUGCUAUGUUAAAAUGUAACAAUUACAAUGUAAUCCUCUAAAAGUGUGAAUUAUUACUGUAAAACAGAAUGAAGGGGACUAGGAUUUUUAAAAGUGAUUAUGAGAGCAUGUGGACACAAUGUAUGUGAGAGGAAUAAGGGAAGUGAAAGAACAUGUUGAAAUAUGCCUAGGCCAACGGGAAGACAUGAGUGUAAGCUUUCAGUAAGAGUGUGUGUAUACAAGAAAAUAGUAAAAAAUAGGUGUAUGUGUUAAAGAAAGGGGUUUUGUGUGUAGCUGAUAUAAAGCAGAAACAGAGAUCGGGGUUAUUACUCGGCCGCUCUCGUAGGGCGCUGGACUGGACAAGACAUCUCCAGACUCCACAACCUCAACUACAAAACAAGAAAAACAGCUAAAGAAAACUUCAGAAAUUCUCUCUGGAUUUACGAGACAGAAGCCACAGAGGGAAACCAUCAUAGCCAACCCCUCUGGAGUAAUCAGACUCUGGAGCAACAGCUGUGGAUUUAUAAAGACAUUAUGAAGACUUUGGACAGAGUUUCUAAUUUCUAACGGAUCAUGCAGCUGUGGCAGACCCCAGGGGGUCUGGGCGACUCACUCUCCUCCCGUCUCUACAGGAAAGAAGAUUUCCAAAUGAAUCCAAGCUCAGUUAUUGCAAUCAGGUUUCACCAUUUAACCAUUUUAAUGAAUUAUUAAGUUUUGUAUAGUUUACAGUUUAAUUGUUUUAAGCAGAUUUUGAAUCUUAAUCAUUUUAUUAAGUGUUAUCCAGUAUUAUAUCG